UUUAAACUGCCUGCCAGGCACCCAAAGAAGAGCAGUAAUGAGGAGAAGGAGACAGCAGCAAAAUAGCUCAGUUGUUCCUAAGAAAGAUCAACAUAUAACUCAUUGUUGGUCACAUUACUUAUACUAGAAACCAAACGUUCAGACUCAGACGGCAUUUGUCGUUUACACGUACACUGAGAUUUGAAAGUACGCGGCCUCAGAAGCCAAAUUUUAUGUGUGAAGUGCUAACUGUUAGCUGACAGGCUACCUAGCAUAGCCAUUGAAGCAAUGGCGUUGAAAAGAAUUCAGAAGGAACUGUCGGACCUGCAGAGGGAUCCUCCUGCCCAGUGCUCUGCUGGACCAGUUGGAGAGGAUUUGUUUCAUUGGCAGGCAACAAUAAUGGGUCCAAGUGACAGUCCAUAUCAGAGUGGAGUGUUCUUCCUCACCAUUCACUUCCCAACAGAUUACCCCUUUAAACCACCAAAAGUUGCAUUCACAACAAAAAUUUACCACCCAAAUAUCAACAGCAAUGGAAGUAUUUGUCUGGAUAUUCUGAGGUCACAGUGGUCGCCUGCACUUACAGUUUCAAAAGUAUUAUUGUCCAUCUGCUCUCUUCUGUGCGAUCCAAACCCAGAUGACCCGCUGGUACCAGAGAUCGCCCAUACGUACAAGGCUGACAGGGAAAAGUACAACAAACUAGCAAGAGAAUGGACACAGAAGUAUGCAAUGUGAGAACACCAAGGAGAUCAGAACCCAUACGAGAACAAAAGAAACACAGAUGAUUUGUAACUUGAAGCAAAUGAGCAUCAAAGUAGUUGGGGGACUUGGGAGGGGGGGAGGGGGGUUAAACUAAACAACAGCCCACCUUUUGGAGAAGGAAGCGGUACUAUGAGGUACAUUGCCACUUGGCUUUGUGUGUGUUGAGCUGAUACAGUGUGCUCUGCUUCAUGACUUGUAUGGAUCUGCUGAGCAGGACCUAAUGGACUCCUUAAAGCGCUCCCACAUGGAAUACCAGAAAACUCUUUACAAUCCCUACCACCAUACUCAGACUUUAAACUGUUACUCCUGCUAUUGUGAUGAUCAUUAUAAUUGUUGCUUUUUAUAAGCAUCAUUUUUACCGUCAUUGAGUCAUAUCGUCAUGCUACUCAGAAACAAAAUGUUUGAUUUAGGAGAUUGUCUCUCCCGUCAUUUCAGAGGUACUGUCUGCACCCCACUGGAUGUCUUGUUACUGUAUUUCAUGUUUUCCGGUGGCCUUUCUGUGUUAUGUUGAUGUGCAAUUUAGACAGAAUGUUUCAUGUUGAACACAAAAGUGUGCAGUGCCAUUACCAGCAGCUGAUGUGUUGGCACGUAACUGUCUCUACCCUGAAACAAUGUGAAAGGUGUUAAGAAGGAUUUGUCUCCAUCAUCCGCUGCAAUUGGAAUUGUAACAGUAUUGAGUUAUUUUUAAAAAACUGGGGAGCUGCUGUUUAUAAGUUAGCGGGUAGGUUAACAUCCACCUCCAUUUUUCUCACACAUGCCAUCAUUGUUCUUACGUCUUGAAUAAUAAAUGACGGCUGGUGUCCAUAGUGCUCAAAACUAUUGCUGUUUGACAUGUUAUGCUGUGUAGCUAUGAAUGUGGCUACUCUUUGUCGUACAGUCAUAGCUGUGCGCCACUUCCUCAGUACAGUUACUCAGGUAUCUUUAAGAAGAUCAUCAGCCUUUUACAUGCGGUGACCCAUGGUGAGAAAAAUGAUCAGGGUUAACACAGUCUGACUUCUAAAAAUAGCACUUGCCUAAUUUUGCGGUUCUGUUCAAAUAACGACCCAUCACUUACUGCAGUGUGAUCAAAGACAUACCACAAUGGGUCUGUGCUGCACAUAAAUAUGCUUUCUGAAACAUACUGUUACUCUCAUUAUUUCUCUCCACUUAUUUCAGUGUUUUUAAGGUGAUUGGUUGUGAACAGCUUGCAAGUGAUGCUGUUUUUGAACAGACUUGAUGUUUUGCAGAUCUGUGUCACUUAAAGUCAUAACAUGACAGUUUGAUAUGCUUUAAAUAUCAGGAUUUAUGUUCAUUUUCAUCCUUGUGCUGAGUUUUUUUUUUUUUUUUUUUUUUCCCCAUUAAUAAGCAACACUCACAGUAAACUUUUUUUCUUUUUUUUAGGGUAUAAUGUUUGUGGUUUUCUUUUCUUUUUUUUUAUUGUAUCUUUGAAAGGGUUUUUUUUUUUUUUUGGCAUUUGUGUCAUGAGAAUUGAGCACGAUUUUGAUGUGUCAUAAUGUAAUAGUAAGAUAAUCCAUUGUAACUGUUGGACAAAGUAGUUGGAAAAGUUGUCAAAAAUCACAACUCAGUGCGUCGAUGCUGCCAGUAUAAAGGGAAUUAUUGGAUAUUAGAAGGAGCAAGAAAUUUUGCUAUUGAGCUAUUAUUUAAUAGAUUCAUCCAGAAAGGUAAAUAGCUAAGCAUGAUUAUUUAAGAAGCUUUGAUUGUAGAAUUAACACCGUUGUUUAGAUGCUGACUAUAGAUUUUUAAUAUUCUACUGUAAAAAUAAAAAAAAAUGUCAAAACAAGUUGUCCUGAAAGUAUACCAUAUAUACUAAAAUGUUUUGAAAAUGUACCCACUGAAUGCUCCGACACCUCCGCUGUAAUACUACAAGUUCAGUCUUUGUGUACAUUAGUGUUUGUUCAUCUAGCUAUUUAUUUAUUAGAAAGCUGGGUAUCUUCCAAUUCUUCAACAAGAGCCUCAGUUCAUAAUAUGAGUAAUGCUACAUUGACUUCCUUUAACCCACGUGUUCAGUAUGGUUUCAUAUAGGCAGCUUGGCAUGCUUUGCACUCGGGUGAUCCUUCUCAGCCAUUUUGCAGAAUAUCAGGGAUUUCGUUGAAUUUCAUCUGCCUAACACCUCUGACUAAAAGUUUAGCCUUAACCCUCAUUUUUGUACAUAUAUAUAUAGAGAGAGAGAGAGAGAAUGUGUCAUAUAAAAUGUAAAUUUGCUAUCAGGGCUGUAUUCCCAAAAUGGGUGAUUCAUUACAUCGGUAGACCUGGAA